CGCCUCCCUCCCUCCCUCCCCGCGCAGGCAAAAGGCGCCUCGUUCCAAACUUUCUCUAAACUUUCACUUUCAGAGCUGGCUCCGCGGCGGGCGGGGUGAGGUCGGCGCCCCGCAUGGAGUAGAGGCGAGGAGCGGCGAGGAGCGGAGAGGAGGCAGCGCCGCCGCCGAGCCCGGCCGAGCCAUGCCGCUGCGCGCCCGCUGAGCAGAGUCCCGCCGGAGGCCGCCCCGACGUCACCAUGUACUCCCCGUACUGCCUGACCCAGGAUGAAUUCCACCCCUUCAUUGAAGCUCUUCUUCCUCAUGUUCGUGCCUUUUCCUACACAUGGUUCAAUCUGCAAGCUCGGAAACGAAAGUAUUUUAAGAAGCACGAGAAGCGGAUGUCAAAGGAUGAGGAGCGCGCUGUGAAGGACGAAUUACUUGGUGAAAAGCCUGAGAUCAAGCAGAAAUGGGCGUCCCGGCUGCUGGCCAAGCUACGCAAGGACAUCCGCCCAGAGUUUCGCGAGGACUUCGUCUUGACGAUCACAGGCAAGAAAGCACCGUGUUGUGUCCUCUCCAACCCAGACCAGAAGGGCAAAAUCCGCCGGAUUGACUGCCUGAGACAGGCUGACAAGGUUUGGAGGCUAGACCUAGUUAUGGUCAUCUUGUUCAAAGGGAUCCCUCUUGAAAGUACUGAUGGAGAGCGGCUAUACAAGUCGCCACAGUGUUCAAACCCAGGCCUGUGUGUCCAGCCACACCACAUUGGAGUCACAAUUAAAGAACUGGAUCUGUACCUGGCGUAUUUUGUUCACACUCCUGAAUCCGGACAAUCAGACAAUUCAAACCAGCAAGGAGAUGCGGACAUCAAACCACUGCCCAAUGGGCAUUUGACUUUUCAGGACUGUUUUGUGACAUCGGGUGUCUGGAAUGUCACGGAGCUGGUGAGAGUAUCACAGACUCCUGUUGCUACAGCAUCUGGUCCAAAUUUCUCUCUGGCUGACCUGGAGAGCCCCAGUUACUACAACAUCAAUCAAGUGGCUCUAGGCAGACGGUCCAUAACAUCUCCGCCUUCUAGCAGUUCCACCAAGCGUCCCAAGUCGAUAGAUGACAGCGAGAUGGAGAGCCCCGUAGACGAUGUGUUCUACCCUGGAACGGGGCGGUCUCCUGCAGCUGGCAGCAGCCAGUCCAGUGGGUGGCCCAACGAUGUGGAUGCAGGACCGGCUUCUUUAAAGAAGUCAGGGAAGCUGGAUUUCUGCAGUGCCCUGUCCUCCCACACCACCUCCCCGAGAAUGGCUUUCACACACCACCCGCUGCCUGUCCUAGCAGGAGUCAGACCAGGAAGCCCCCGUGCCACAGCGUCGGCCCUGCACUUCCCGUCAACCUCCAUCAUCCAACAGUCCAGCCCCUACUUCACCCACCCGACCAUCCGCUACCACCAUCACCACGGCCAGGACUCGCUGAAGGAGUUUGUGCAGUUUGUAUGCUCAGACGGCUCUGGCCAGGGCUCUGGGCAGCCUAACGGUAGCGGCCAGGGCAAAGUCACGGGGUCAUUUUUGCUGCCGCCGCCACCACCAGUGGCCAGACCAGUGCCCCUUCCAAUGCCUGAUACAAAAUCCACCAGCACUAACCCAGAGGGCGGAGCGCCGACGCCAACAUCACCCUCAUUCUCAGCGCCAGGCUCCUCCUCCUCUGCCAACCGGUUUGUCGGCAUCGGACCCCGGGACGGCAACUUUCUAAACAUCCCCCAGCAAUCUCAGUCUUGGUUCCUCUGACGGGAUCUUCAAGCGAAGAAAAAUAAUACAAAUAAUGAUAAUAAUAAUAAUAAUUUUUCACUCAAGCCCCAAGAGUAAGAAUCUUCAGUCCUUAAUCCGUCUCUUCACUGAGCUGCUCCUCUUCAAGGAAACAUCAGAGACGUUGGGUCACACUGCAGAUGAGAAGCUGAGAAAAGUUGCACCAGACCUCCCCGAUCGAUCCGAAGCAGAUUUGGCGGUUGUGUCGAUUUGCGCCGUGUAGAAUCUCAUCAGCACCUACAGAUGUCACGUAACGCUGUUAUAAUUAUAUAUGAUAGCUGCGGACAGGCCGUUGAAGCACCAGUUAAAACAACAAAAGGGAUUUCGCUGUACUCAUCAAUGGGGAAGGAACUGUGUUGGCGUUAACCAGCCUCAAACCACCAGAAUGCACCAAGUUUUGCUGGGCAUUGAAAAAAGAAGCUCUGCCCUUGGUCCCACUGCCUGUCUUCCUGAUCCCAAGAGGGCCGUAGCCCUUCCUAGAGCUCAGGGAGGCUUAUGCUUCUUGGUCACUUGGCUGCUAUUAAAAAACCCUGGCAAAGCUGCCAGCUGAUCGGAUUGGUUCCAACACCACGCGAAUGCCUGAAACAGUUUUUAAAAGCUGAUCCAACGGGGUACGCAGGUUCAGAAUUAGAACUGGUUUGAUAGGAAAGGUACCACCAUUUGCCUUCACAGCACAAUUAUCCCCCUCCAAACCUGAAUGCCUUUUGCAUUAAAACUCCCUCAUUAGCUAAAUUAAUACUACAUCCUUGUUUCUUCAAAAAGCUCCAGCAGAAAAAAACUACUUGCUGCUAGGAGGCCAGGCUGACUCUAUCGUGAUAAAGUAAUCGGUGGGCUCUUCCCAGCAUGGGUCUUCUUUCUCUGAUACAUGACAUACCUGGUCCUGAGCCUCUUUUCUCAAACUGUCGGGCAGUAUUCAACGAGUCAUGCACAGAAGAUUUCCCAUGUCCUUCCCCAUUCCUGCAGCUCCUUCCAUCCCCUAGAGAGCUCAUUCCUGGGAUCGCAGGAUCUGUGCGGAGGAAAACUGCGCCGGGGGUGAAAAUGGCCCCAAUUCCUCAACGCAGCUGCACUUGUCGAAGAGGAAGGAGGAGUGAAUUCACUCCAGCCUCGUCUGCCCACUGCAGCCCCUGUGGUUAUUCCCCUGUGUGGGCCCUGCAAUCCUGGGAAAGAUCUUUCUGGGCAUUGGAAGGGGCUGCAGCAAGAGAGGAGAACGUUUGGACACUUCCUGUGCUAUGCACAGAGUGGUUAGAUGCUACGUGGUACCUGGUGAUUCCUGGGCUGUUUCUGCAUGGGGGACUCGUGUCACCAAGUGAUUUCCCCUUCAUUCCUCUUAGUCCCCUUGUGCCGGCUACCUAGACCCCCCACCACUGUUUGUCAACUUUUUAAAAAAUUGGUCGUCUUAUAAUAAUACAUCUACUUUUUUUAUAAAUUAAGCCUGCAAAACAUUCAUUGGUGUGUGUCGGGUACGGUCAGGUAGAGAGGGGCCCAGAGGAGAAAUGGCAACAGACGUGGGUGGGGAGGUUCAGAAAUGAAAAAAUCCACACCUCCCCAUCCACUCCCCAGAAAUCCACACCUCCCCAUCCACUCUGGGGGGAGAUGCAGCUUGACUUUGAUACUUACAAAAAGAUCAGAGCCAAGCAGGUUCCGGAAGCAUUGGAGCACACCACCGGAAACCACAGAAGAUGAUGCAAAGGACAUCAGGUGGAUUCUCCGCUGGUACUCCUUAUUUUUCCUGCAGCUCAGAAAUCAAAAAGUAUGGCAUGAUAGUCAUGUGUAAGGCACUCCUCGUCUUGUUCCCCGUGAACGGGUGACCGUAGUGUCAAAGAGAAGCCCGGCAGGGGAGAAGCUUUUAAAAAUUGCGUCAGACCCCUCCGAUCCAGAGCAGAUUUGGAUAACAUGGCCAAGCCAGGCAACGUCCGUCAUGUGCUCAUCUUGUAGGAAAAGUCAUUGUACGCCUCCCUCUCUAAACAUGUGCAAUUCGUAGACGCCUUGAAGCUUAAUUUUAAAAUAUUUGAAAUCAAUGGCAAUGAACGCAUGGGCAAGAACGCAAAGAGGCCCGGCUGAAUUUGCGCUGCGGAUGAAUCUGCGGGGUUCAGUGGGGCACGUGUCUGCCCUGCUUCCAGCCUGUUUUGGAGUAGGUGGGCUGCAUUCCUGACCCUUGACUUCCAGUCUUUCCCUUUUGAGGUUUUGGGUGUCUGUUGUGACUGUUUUGAUGCUUUAUCUGAUCCCUUUUCUCUGUUUUUGGUUGUUGUUUUUUUUAGUCUUUUCGUUGUAGCAUUUCCUUUGGUUUCCUAUACAUACAGGUGUCAACAGCAAACAAAAUUAAAUAGAAGGGGGCAGACAAAAAUGCAAAACCCCUCAAGUUCAGUAAACAUGAAAGGCACUCAGCAAGCUUCAGCACACACAAGAAAAGUCAAAAAAAUAUAUAUAUAGUUAGAGGUAGUGAACGCUGCCUGACUGGCCAGUGAGAGAGAUUGGCAUCACCAGCUUUACAUGACACACACACACACACCCCGAGAUUCAGUCCCAUAUUCGCCCUGCUUGCUUUCCUCUUAUUCCUCUUUAGGCUGGCUGCAACACAGGAAGCGAGGAGAGCAAGUGUUCUUCUCUUUCUUGCGCCCAAGAGAAGACCCUCAUUCUUUCUUUUCCAAAGGGGUAUGAAAGAGAUCCCGUCUCCUUACCCCGCCUAGAGCUUUGGGAACAGGAUAUUCUUCGGGGCUCCCCAUUUCCAUCCCAUCUUCCCUCUUAAGUGUGGCUAUUUCUGCAUGAGGGAACGAUUCAGAACAGCUCCUUGCUGUAGACUUUGGGCAGAAGGCCUUGUUCGACACUGGAGGGGGGGCGUAGGGGGAGAGGGGGACAGCGACUGAUUGGUAAGGAGCGUGGAGGUGGUGCUGCUGCCAAGAAGCAGUGGCUGUGCAGUCUGUACAGGGCCGGGGGGCUCUGGGGUCCCCUGGCUUGUGCCACCAGGAGUUGCCUUGCAAGUGACCGUGGAGCUGGGUUGCCAGGUCCAGGCUGGGAAAUUCCUGGAGAUUUGGGGGGGGGGGGUGGAGCCUAGAGAAGUGGGGUUUGGAGAGGGGAGUGGUCUCAUUGGGGUACAAUGCCAUAGAGUCCACCCUCCAAAGCAGCCAUUUUCUCCAGGGGGACUGAUCUCUGUCACCUGGAGAUCAGUUGUAAUUCCACGAGAUCUUCAGUGAACACCUGGAGGCUGGCAGCCCUACAGAGGGGAAGCCAAUAAAGAUCACCCAGAAGCCUCCCCCCCCCCCAAAGCUCUUCCCCUCCUGACCCCCAGGCAGCAGAAGGGACUUCUGCUAGCAGGCCUAGUUCAGGGCCAGGUAUUUGCAUCCCUGUCCCAAGUGCAAUGAUUUUCCAGUUCCAAAUGGAGAAACAGGGUCGAAGUAGGGAAUUCCGAGGGCUGCAGACCUGCUCCUACCCUCUGCCAGCAUUGGGCUCCCCUGCUUCCACUGCCCAUUCCCAGUUGUCACCACCACCACCCCUACACACACACAUACACAACCGGGGACACGCUUACCGUAGGCAGGUUCGCCAGGGGUGUCUGACCCUGCGCAGCUGCGGGACCAGCUGCUGCCACCAGGGGGGUCCCUUCUUCCUGGGGAACAGAUCCAGGCCAGUCCCCCCCCCCCCGGGAUUAGAUUUUCAGGGCCCUUGUGGGGUUGCCUGCUGCUGCCACCUGGGGCCUCUGUCCUUUGGGUCUACUCCUGCUCGGGAGGCCUGGAUUGCAUGCGUUCUAGAAAGGGCGCUCAGCUGCUCCCUCCGCCCCCAUCUCAAGGCCUGCAUCCACCCUCCUUUAUGAAAGGAGACCCAGAGGACGGUGAAAUGGAGACUGCCAGGCACAGGUUGGCUAUGGUUGAUUCCCCGUCCGGUUCUUCAGGUCUGCUGUAGCCUUUGGCCAAGCAAGUUUGGCAGGCUUUGGCAACCAUGCAACCCACCACCAUCACCCCCAACUAUAAGAGGGCAGAAUGGCACCACGAGCGGUGGCCCCUCGUUCAAACUUUUCUUCCAGUCUGUGAAUUUGGCUCCCUCCUAACAUUCACAAACCCUGAGGGUCAGAUUCAAAUAUGUGACACACAGAGAGAGAUGGAUCAGGAGCAGAGAAGACCGGAACAGCCCUCUAGGUUGAAAGAGCAAGGUCUGUUUCUUGGAGAGCACUGGGUCAGGUGGACCUUCUGCAGAUGUGGAAAUGGUUCCUGACCUGCAGCUGUUAAGGAACAGACUUCCUCCAGUGCAGGCUGGCCCUUCAUCGUGUGUUUUGUUGCAAAGUAUUGAGUAGUACCUCUCCGGUACCUGGUUGCUUCGGACGGGGUUGUAGCCUGGCCUCACUGUUGAGACUCGGAGUUGCGUUCAGUUGGUACCCAUCCAGGGUGCGGCACCCUGGCAGCAUUUGAAGGUCUGCACGCUUUGUUUUCUUUAGUGGGACAUUCCCAGACCAAGAGAGACAACCCCUAUACACACCAUUUUCGAACGGUGUGUCCAGAUUUCUAUUGCUUGACAAUUUCUGAGUGCAAAAAUGAAAACGUCCAAAUUGGAGGGGAGGAGGGGGUAAAAGGCCACUACAGUCAAUACCUAUUCAAGUUAUUUACGUAUAUUCAGUGAAUGUAUCCUGUUAUUAAGUUACUGAAAAGGGAGUAAUUCGUUCAAAUGAUCCAAUCUUGUAUUUUUAAAGCUUUGAGCCUUCUAAAUUUCGUAGUCAGUAUUGCUCAAGCCUGGAUCUCUUACUGUGGAAUCUGGGCUGGGGCAGAGGUCAGGUGCGCCUUUCCUUGCACAAUCAGGAGAGGUCUUCAGGCCAGAGCUUUGCAGGAGUUGAGAGACGGGUGGUCUCAAAAGUGCAGCACUUAAAAACCGGAGGGUGGAGAGAAAGACGGUUCCUUUUGUGUGAUUCUGAAGAGACGCUCGGAGUCCCAACAGUGAUGGCAUCUGCAGGUGUGUGACAACCGAGUGGCAGCAGCAGGCAGCUGGAUACUUAGGAAACAUGCUUAGCUGUCUGGUUUGGGUUCUCAGGUGGGGGAUCUGUAACAGCAUAGGAACAUGGAAGGGGUGGCACGGAGGACUUCUUAAACUUACGGUAGCUGGAAGGUGUGGGUGGCAGAAAGGAAAAUACACAGGAAUCUGUGUUUAAAAGGGGGAGGGUUUUUUAAAAAAACAAAAUAUAUAUUAGGGGUUUUAAAAGAACCAAUUUUGUUUGCAUUGAGCCAAGUGCAAUGGAGUGCAUAGUUUUAAUAUCUUUGUAUGUUAAAGAUUGUUAAAGAAGAAGAGAAAAAAUCUAUUUUUGUUGCAAAGUCCUCUGUUCCCAGGGACUCUAAAUAAGUAGGGACAAGAGAAAACCCAACCUUUGUAAGUAUGGGGAAAAAUUCUGUUUAUUUUUUCAAUUGUUUAUUUUUCCUUUUUUUCUUGUUUGUUUUUUAAGUUUUUUUUAAAAGUUGAUAAUGAUCGGGGUUUGAUUCCCCCCCACCCACUUUUCCUCAUUAGUUUUGUCAUUUUAAGGGAGGGCUGAAGGCAAAAGUUUUUCACAUGCAAAAAUAAAAUUGUUAAAAAAAAACAAAACCACACACUGUAUCAGGUUAAAAACAUUGAAGAAAAAUACAAAAUUUUAGCUAAAGAAAAAGACAAGCAGCAAAAAAAAAAAAAAAAACCACCUAAAAAUCAUAAAAGGAGAAAAUUAAAAAAUACAAAACCUGGUGCUUCUUACAAUAUAAAGUACAUUAAAAUCUCUAUUAUACAUAGUUUAUGAACCAAUUAAUUGUUAUCAUAAAGCACAUUUUAGGAAACAUGCAUUAUCCCUUCUUUAUGUUUAGCUGAAAGGGGCAGCGGCCUUUGCAGUCAAAAGCACCAGCAGCUUUCGGCAGCUUCUCAUGGAUCUUCGCAGGUUGCCGAGUCAGACUGGUGAUGGCGCGGUUGCCACAGGAAAGGGAAAAGGUUCACCUUGGAGCAGAGGGUGCCCUCGAGGGGGCCUAGAACUCCAGUUCCUUCCGCCUCUUCCCUGCCCUCCCACCAUCACCACUGCUCCCUUCUCUGCUUUAUUCUCCACCUCCAUCUUUCCCCAACCAAUGCCCAUCAAAAGAUCCUUGGUGUUGGGUCAACUUUAGGUUCCAUUUUGGCACGCUCUCCCCCCCCCUUCCCUUUCUCCUUUCUCUCAAGGGCUUCUCUGUGGCAAGAGAAGCCAACUUGUAAUCUCACCAGCACCCCCUUCCCCACCGAAUGCCUCCCUGUGACCCCUGCUUGUCUUUCUCACGGCUGUCCCAGUGUAGCUUGACUCCCUCCUCUUGCUUCCCUCCCAUCCUUGCUGAAUUGUGGAGCAGUGUGGGGUGGGGAGAGAGCAAUAGGCGCCCAGGCCCAUCGCACAACCUCACAGAGCAGGGAAGGCCAACGGGAGGAAUUCCCCCCACUGGGUUGUCUGAGAGGGAGGACACUGCGUUCCUCUCACCGCGCUUGCUGGCCAGCUGACAGAAUAGUGCCUUUGCAAACCCAUCUUUCGUGGGAUCAGGUGGCCAGGGGGUGGCUAGAGGGAUUUCCACUCCUCCCCUUUAAUCCAUAUGCUCAACCUGGGAGAGGGAAGCAAUACAAGCCCAGGGUUAAGCAAUGCAAUGGAGGGGCCGUAGCUUAACACAGAGGGGCCCAGCCCCCUGUGGCUAGAGGGGAGAGGGAAGGAAGCCCACUCUCUUGGCAAGGGCAACUCUGGUAGUGGCAGGGAUUAUCCCCCCUCUUGCCCGGAGCCGUAAGCCCCUUGUCCGCUCUUCCUCAGUCCCUCCCUCUCAGGCGAUGCUCGGUUAGGGUUGUGGGGAAGCCAUGGACUUCCCUUGGGACCAGGGGGAGGGGUUGGGUGAUUUGACUAUCUCCAGGUGACUUCAUCUGGCUCCAUCCAGCCACCCCAUAAAGUUCCUCUGUGCCCUCCCUCCUGCUCCUUGUGGGGGGCGGAGGGGACAAGUCCCUCUUGGCUCGACCAGCUGUUGGGCCAGUAGAAGCUGGACAUGGUCCUCUGGCCCGACUUCAAAUGGACCUCCCUCCCUCGACAGCUGUUCAGCUUUACUGCCCCUCCUUAGGUAGCUCAGCCCCCGUCUCUCUUUUCCGCCCCCUGCCCCCAGUUAACCAGCUUCUCUCUUUCUCGGCAGCAAAACCUGGAGAUCCAUGAACCUGCACCUUCCUUGACUGCAUUCUACCCCUGCCCCUUUGAACAAGUUUCUUCUUUGGUUAAGAAACGCAGUAUAUAUAUGAGUACAGUACAGUAUAUAUAUAUAUAUAUAGUACUAAUGGAAUUUGGUGUGCUUUUUCUCCUCAUCCCCUUCGCUCCUGGCCUCCGUCCCCCAAUUCCCUUUGUGUCUCUGGGUCUGUUCUUCCAAUUUCUUCUCCCUCCCUCCCCGCUCCCUUCCCCCUUGCACUUGAAAAUAAAGGAUAGCUCUUCGUC